AUGCCUUCACUUACACGCCAAUUGCGCCCAAGGGUGGUUAUCCGCGCCACGGCCGCUCUCUCUGCGGUACCAUCUAUCUGCGCGCAACCUCAGCGCUUCCCCCGCGCAAAGGUCAUUGGAGCGGUGAGCUGUCGAGCUCUUACGACAACAUCAAUUCGAAGAUCUGCGAAGGCGCCGAGUGUCAAGAGAGGCGGUUCAAAGCUCUAUGCUUCCGCGGACGAAGCUGUCGCGGACAUCAAGAGCGGAUCAACGAUUCUCAGUUCUGGCUUCGGACUUUGCGGUGUUGCUGACACUCUGAUUGCCGCGCUGAACCGCAGGGGACCCGAGAACCUUCACUCUUUGACAGCAGUCUCGAAUAAUGCCGGAAUUGAGGGAAAGGGUGGCUUGGCUAUCCUCACAAAGUCUGGUCAAGUCAACAACCUCAUUCUCUCAUUUCUUGGAGCCAACAAGGCUCUUGAAAAGGCAUACUUGACAGGAAAGAUUGGCAUCGAGCUGUGUCCCCAGGGCACCCUCGCUGAGAGAAUCCGUGCUGGUGGUGCUGGCAUUCCCGCGUUCUUCACGCCCACUGGUGCACACUCGUUGGUCCAGACUGGUGACAUCCCCGUUAGACUUGAUGCGUCAGGCGCCGUUACGGAACGUGGCAGGACGAGAGAGACAAGGGAAUUCAAUGGCAAGACUUACCUCAUGGAGACUGCUUUGACCGGAGAUGUCGCCAUUUUGAGGGCAUGGAAGGCCGACACGGCUGGAAACUGCGUCUUCAGAUACACCACGAAGGCAUUUGGCCCCAUCAUGGCAAAGGCCGCGACCGUCACUAUCGUCGAAGCAGAGCACAUCGUUGAAGCUGGUGAGAUCGAUGCCAACGAUGUCGACCUCCCCGGUAUUUUCGUCGACCGAAUCGUUCCCGCGACCGCCGAGAAGAACAUUGAGAUCCUGAAGCUGAGAGCCGAGGAUGGCGAGGGCGAGAACCUGUCCAAGGCCAAGAACGAGGCCCAGGAACGCCGCAACCGUAUCGCCAGGCGAGCGGCCAAGGAGCUGAAGGAGGGUUUCUACGUCAACCUUGGUGUUGGCAUUCCCACUCUCGCUCCCUCUUUCCUGCCUGCUGAGCGCAAGGUCUGGAUCCAGUCCGAGAACGGUAUUCUCGGCAUGGGUCCCUACCCCACGAAAGACGAGGUCGACCCUGAUAUCGUCAACGCUGGCAAGGAGACCGUCACCCUCGUGCCCGGAGCCUCAACCUUUGACAGCGCCGAGUCUUUCGGCAUGAUCCGCGGCGGCCACGUGGACGUCUCCAUUCUCGGAGCGUUGCAGGUCAGCGCCAUUGGUGACUUGGCCAACUACAUGAUCCCCGGAAAGGUGUUCAAGGGUAUGGGUGGUGCCAUGGACUUGGUUUCCAACCCGGAUAACACCAAGAUUGUUGUCGCGACAGAGCAUGUUGCCAAAGAUGGGUCUUCGAAGAUUGUGCAGGACUGCAGCCUGCCUCUGACUGGUGCUCGCGUGGUUAGCACUAUUAUUACCGAUUUGUGUGUUUUCGAGGUCGAUCGCAAGAAUGGGGGAUUGACCCUGACUGAAGUUGCGCCGGGCGUUGACGUCGAAGAGGUACGGGCGAAGACGGAUGCCUCGUUCAAGGUCGCAAAGAACCUAGAGACAAUGGAGUGA